GUUCCUGCAAACGCAGCAGCCCUCCUGCUAUAUAGACCCGCCGCUCUCUGCCUGGACACUGAACUCACCACGGUCAGACAGCCAUGGGGAAGAUCACCUUCUACGAGGACAGGGGCUUCCAGGGACGCUGCUAUGAGUGCAGCACCGACUGCCCCAACCUGCAGACCUACUUCAGCCGCUGCAACUCCAUCAGAGUGGACAGUGGCUGCUGGAUGCUGUAUGAGCGCCCCAACUACCAGGGCCACCAGUACUUCCUGCGGCGUGGGGACUACCCUGACUACCAGCAGUGGAUGGGCUUCAGCGACUCCAUCCGAUCCUGCCGCCUCAUCCCCCACCAGACAGGUUCCCACAGGAUGCGGCUGUAUGAGAGAGAAGACCACAAAGGCCUCAUGAUGGAGCUGAAUGAAGACUGCUCCUGCAUCCAGGACCGCUUCCACCUCAGUGAGGUGCGCUCCCUGCACGUGUUGGAGGGCUGCUGGGUCCUCUACGAGAUGCCCAACUACCGAGGCCGGCAGUACCUGCUCAGGCCUCAGGAGUACCGGCGCUACCACGACUGGGGUGCCGUAGACGCUAAGGCAGGCUCUUUGCGGAGGGUGGUGGAUUUAUACUAAAAUAGGUUAACACUACCAUUUUCUCAUUUUGGAACCUAAUAAAGUAUUUAGUCUGUAUUGUUGGCAAA